UAAACGAACGCGCAGCGGCGCUCGUGACGUCAGGCGCGUGCGAUUAUUUUGAACGGGGGUCAAGAUGGCGGAGGAGAGCGGCGUAAAGCACCGGAAUCACACCGGACAGAGCUGCACAGCGAGCCGACAUAACGAAGGGGUCUCUGGGGUGGAGAUGAGCUGCUCUGAUCCGGAGGCGUCUGGAGCCGUGCAGAUCGUCAUCGCAGACGAGGAGCAUCACCAGUUCUCUCUGGACGAGGAGGCGCUGGAGCAGAUCCUGCUGCAGGAGCGCGUGAGGGAUCUACAUGUGGUGGUGGUGUCUGUAGCUGGAGCCUUCCGCAAGGGCAAGUCCUUCCUGCUGGACUUCAUGCUCAGAUACAUGUACAGCCAGGACUCGGACGCGUGGCUGGGUGGGAACAACGAGCCGCUGACGGGCUUCACCUGGAGGGGCGGCUGUGAGCGCGAGACCACCGGCAUUCAGGCCUGGAGCCACGUGUUUGUGGUGGAGAAACCAGAUGGCAGCAGGGUAAAGCUCAGCCGCAUCACACCGCCUUCGGACAAUAUUCUCAUCAGCAACUCAUCAGUCGAACCUCUUUGAGCUGAAAUAUUGUCUUGAAGUCACAAUCAUUUUAAGCUAAUAUGUGACCCUGGAGCACAAAGC